AUGAGCAAAGAAAACUCCUCCAGUUUGUUGUACAACAAGGGCAAAGCGAAUUUCCAGUAUUGUGCAGUGUUACCCGAGACCUCCGCCGAGCAAAUACCCCCAGUCUCCGACACGCUCGAAAAACCCAAGGUUGCCCUGAGGCGACACUUCAACCCCUUGAAGCACCUCAUCCAUCUGGUUGCUUUAGGAGCUACGGCGGGUGUACUGCAGCUCAUCUUCCGCAGUGUAUACUGGUCUGACGAGAACACGUGGACCACGGAGCGGAAAUGGCUAUUCCUUGGCCUGGGGCAAACGGAUGCUAUGAACUCGCUGCAGUUCGUUUCCAAGAUCCAUGAGAUUCUCAUCGUGGCUUCGCUUUCGAGUGUAGUUAUUCACGUCGCGAGACGGAAGCUCGUCGGAAAGGAUGGGAUUUUGUUCGGUCUGCUCAUGGGAGCGUAUCAGGUUGGCUCGGUCGAGUACCUCUUCAGUGGCAAAUUCGGACACCCUUUCCUGCACAGUCUGCGAUUAUUCGACAGACGAGCAUUUCUUUUCACCCUUGGCCUGGGUUUCUCUAUAGUCUAUGCUAACAUGGUCGGUCCCGCAUCUGCCAUCGCCCUCGUACCUAGCCUGGAUUGGUGGCCUCUAAAGGAUCCUUUCUCCAGCCGGCCUCUGACUUCCUACAUCUGGGUCACACCCAAUGAGUUGUAUCCAAGAGCAUUGACAUCUGAUAUGGCGAAAGAAGUGUCAUCGAGCUGCUCAACCACGAUAUUCCCCUUUGCAACCUGCCCAGGCGGCGGUGUCGACAAUCUCCUAGACUGGGUCUACGCCUGGUCCAACGAAGGUAUCACGUACGACCUCCCCAUGGAAAGCUUCCUCGGCCGAACCCUUCGAAAACUCUCCUUCGCACGCACCCUCUCCGCGUCAGGGACAGGGGUUGCCGUCGCGACAACAUUGCACUCCUCCGUCGUGAUGCUGACCGAUCUUUUCUGGGAAUACAUCAGUCAAAACGACGUCGGCGAAGUAUACAACGUCAAACGGCCCAAACUCCUCAACUCGGACUCCUCCUCAAUCUAUAACCCCAUAGUACAAGUUCAAUGCACUACCUACGACGCCUGGGACCUGCAGAACAAAAGCCAGUCCCUCAAAUUCCAGACCAAUCUACUCCACAACGCCACAGGUUCCUUGCGCAACCCCUAUGGCGAGGACAACGGCUGGAAAGUCGACGACGCCCUCUGGAAUUUCCAAUACAAGGUAAACACUAUGGACUUCCAAUGGAUUGACGUUUCCAACCUCCCCACCCGCUCCGGUGGCCCCGUGCAUUCCACCAUUGGCGCCCUUGCCACGCUCCCCAUCGUGCGGCCCAUCGGCAAGUCUGACGCCGAGGGAACACCUUUGUACGAGUCUCGCAUCGCACUGGUCCCAUGCAUGAUCGAUGCUCGCUGGGCUGCCACUCAGCUCUCGUACGAUCCCAAAAAUGGUAUGGUGGUCGAGCAUAACUUGACUACUAUCGCGUCGUUCCUAGACGCGGAUCCUUAUACUCCUGAGCACCGCGUCCAAUACGGCCUGUCUGAUACUUUGGCCAUGGACCCGGAGUGGGCCGCCCUACUCAACGGCUGGGGCUAUGCAAAUUGGACUCUCAAUUCACUCCCCUACAGCAACUUCUCCGCUGUCGCCAACCUGCUCGUUCAGUUUAUUAGUGACAGCGACCGCAACCCCCUGGAGAUGUCAACCAGUUACUCUUUCACGCCCCGUCUAGAUUACACCGAGAUGGAGUACUAUGCCAACAUCUCGAGUACAGUUGCUGGCGUGGUCAGCAUGGUUGUUGCCGAUGGGCUGGCGCGUGAACAGGCACCGGGGACUAUCACGGCGCUGAAACCGCAGCACGAGGACGAAAAUGGAGUCGAGAUGUUCGAGGCGAUCAAUUUGCAAUACCAGGCUGGUGGGGAAAAGAUGCCUGUAUACAACCAAACUGCCUCGGACGCUAGUACCAUGGUCUCGAUUAAUUAUGAUGUGCAGCGAUGGGGUUAUGGGUACGGCCUACGGUCCCAAACAAUGCUCUUCGCCGUCGUAGUGUUACUCCUCCACGUGGGGCUGUGUGUGGGCUACUCCCUGCAGGCAUUCUUCUUCUGGGUCACGAGUACGGGGUUCACGAGCCACUCGUGGAAGGACAUUGGGGAUAUUGUUGCGUUGGCACUGGUGUCGCGGGAGCCGAUCGAGUUCCGUAAUGCGGCCGCGGGGAUCAAGAAUAAUAAAAUCUGGCUUACGAAAAUGAAUGUCAGAGAGAGGGACUCGUGUGAGAUUGAGUUAGUGGUGAAUAGGAGGGCGGGGACACUGGGACUAACGGAGGGUUUGUUGGCUGUUGAUAAGAAGUAUGGGUUGUGA